UUGGUGAUCUUUCGCCGAGAGCGCAACACGCAGCACGCAACGAAUCGAGUGGCAAACAGUUAGCUGUAUUUUAUUUGUGUGUAUGUGUGUGUCUGUGUGCGCGCGUUAACAUUACAUUGAAUUAUCAUUACAGCAAAUAUUGGAAUAACAAAUUACCUAAAACAAAAAAAUUAGCAAAAUUAUAAAAUUAACAUUACGUGCUGAUUCCUGAAGCGAAUAAUCAGAAAGCAUACGUAUAUAGGUACCUAAAGUGUGUUGUUUAAGCAUUACGGCAAAAAUAUUUGUAUUCAAAUUCUUACGUACCCCGUCCACCAUCCACGUGAGCAACAAAUAGCAAGCGCAAUCAAAAUACGUGAAUAAGUACAUAUUUAUAUUUAUAUAUAUACAUUUAUAAAUAAAAUUCACAGCGUACACUCACGAUUUGUAAUAAUUAUUCGAAUUCGUAAAACAAAAACACACGAAAAGUAAAAUAAGGAAAAAAGCGCCAAGCAAUGUCGAAAAACAACGGUAAAAAUGAAAUAUACGAAAAUCAAUUCCCGCAACCGGCUAAGAAGCAAACCAUCUCGGAGAUGAUCUACGAUCCAAGCAAUGGCGCUAUUUUUGGUCGCACCAGCAAAAGUUGGGGUCAACUUUUGUUGUUCUAUUCGAUAUUUUAUAUCGUCCUCGCCAUAUUGUUUACCAUAUGCAUGCAGGGCAUGUUGUCUACUGUGGACAACCACCAGCCCAAAUGGCAGCUGGACCAAUCCCUCAUUGGCACCAAUCCCGGCCUGGGCUUUCGACCACUGAGCGAACAGACCGAACGUGGCUCGGUGAUUGGAUUUGAUAUAAAGAAGCCGGCAGAGAGCGAUUAUUGGAUUGAAUUGAUAGAUGAUUUCUUAAAGGAUUAUAAUCACACUGAGGGUCGUCAGAUGAAACAUUGCGAUUUUAAGCAAACCCACAAUCCGAACGAUGUUUGUGUCGUGAAUAUUGAGAGCUUUGGACCGUGCUCAUCGGCGAAUAGCUAUGGCUAUAAGACGGCCGAACCCUGCAUCUUUCUGAAGCUAAACAAGAUUUUUGGAUGGAUGCCAGAAGUCUACGAAAGCCCCAUCAACGAGAUGCCCUCCAAUCUUGUAAAUGUCAUCAAUAAUACGGCUGCUGAGGAGCGUCAACAAAUCUGGGUCUCAUGCAAUGGACACUUGGGCAAGGAUAAGGAGAAUUUCCAGAAUAUCAGCUAUUAUCCCAGACAAGGCUUCCCCAUCUAUUACUAUCCCUACCUCAAUCAGCCUGGCUAUUUGAGCCCCAUUGUUGCUGUGCAAAUCAAGUCUCCGCCAUUGGGCACCAUGUUGGACGUGGAAUGUCGGGCAUGGGCUAAAAAUAUCAUCUAUAGCGGUAGCUUACGCGAUCGCAUGGGUUCGGUUACUUUCCAGCUGUUGAUUGACUAA